AUGAAUACUGUUGAUAUGACUGAUAAUAAUGACAGUAAACAGGCAUGUCCUGAAAUCAAGACAAUAGAGUUAAAAAUUGAUUAUGAAAAAAUCGAAGAAUUAUUAAAGAAUGAUAAAAAAUUAUUACCACAAUUUUGGGCGAAUAAAUAUAAAAACGAUGCGGAUUUAUUUUAUAAGCGCAAUACUACAAAAUUUUUUAAGAAUAGACAUUGGAUUGGAAGAGAAUUUAAUGAACUUUCUUUCAAUAAUAAUGAACAAGACUCAGAAUUAAAUAAUAAAAAAAUUGUGUUAGAAUUGGGUUGUGGUGUAGGAAAUUUUAUAUUUCCAGUUUUAGAAUCAAAUCCUUUAUUAUUUAUCUAUGCUUGUGACUUCUCAAAAAGGGCUAUUGAAUUUGUAAAGAAUCAUUUUCAAUACGAUGAGAAGAGAUGCAAUGCAUUUGUUUGUGAUUUAACGGAAGAUAAUUUACCAGAUUUCAUAUCAUCAAAUGAUAAGGUAAAUAUUGUUUCAUCAAUAUUUGUAUUAUCCGCUAUUCCACCAGAGAAACAUUUAAACGUUAUAAGAAAUAUAUCAAAGGUAACAAAACAAGGUUCUAUAAUUUGUUUCCGUGAUUAUGCAAUUUAUGAUGAAACUCAAUUAAAAUUUUCUAGUGAUGGCGCACAUAAACUUGAUGAAAAUCUUUAUGUAAGACAAGAUGGCACUAUGUCAUAUUUUUUUACCAUUGAAUAUUUAAAAGACUUAUUUGAAAAAGAUGGUUUAUUUCAAAUGAUUAAUGGUGAAUAUGUUGAAAAAGAAACUAUAAAUAGAGCUAAAGAAUUACGCGUGGACAGAAGAUUUUUACAAGCAAAAUUUAUUAGAUUAUAA